UCCUAACAUUAAACUUUGAGUCCCUGACUUUUCUUUUAUACUUAUACAUAGGUUCAACCAACAUCGCUGUUGCGUUAAUCCUUCAAGCUUGUGUGUAUCAGGUUCAACAUGGGUAAAGAGUCGGAUGAUACAGUACCUCAAGAAUACCCGUACUUCUGGUCCAAGGGGUCAAGUAUAGCUUUACCAGACUUUCUGACGAAGUAUAAACCGUCCAUGGUCCAGAAUGACGGCACAAAACCAUGGAUAUGGGUCGAAGGAAGCAACCGAAACCAGGAUACAUCUGAAUCUGAUGCAACUGUUGCUAUCAGUGAAGCUGCAGCAUUGCUGAAGGAAGUGUCGCAGAGAGUAGAAGAGAUUAAGAACGAUGAUUCUGUCCCUAUGCGCUCUAGCAAAAAGACAGGAGCAAAGAGCAAAAAGGAUGUCCGUGAGAAGGUACAAGCAGACGCUGCCGAGAAACUGAAGGAUAUAUCCAUUAAGCAUAACUACGUUUGUGGAAAAUGGUUGAUAUUCGCUCCCGCAGACAAAGUAGACGUAAUAUGGUCCAAGAUCGCUACAUCGCUUAUCUCUGGCGCCCUUGCCUCAACUUGCGCAUUUCUGGCGAAAGUAGCAACAUCACCGGCGAAUGAGACUCCACACCGUCAACACGUCAUCUGUCUCUAUAUCCCAGAUGUCUACGACAAAGAUGCUGUCACAAAUGUCAUGAAAGUUCUCUUGAGAAACCACGGCGUCAAUCUCAGUGGCGUAAAAUCGGAUCUAUACACAGGAGCAGGACUCGAUAGCAAACACCCAAGCGGAAUUCCAUCAACAGUGUGGAAAAACACUUCUCUACUUGCAGGUUCCGAGAUCAAGGAACAACAAUGUGCAAGCAAAGGGGAAAUCAGGGAAGAGAUCACAAUCAAGCGAUAUGGAUGUGGACGAAAGUGACAAACCAAAAACAAAGAAGAGGAAGAGUACACGGUGACUAUCUCACUUAUCGAAUUGUCGUUGUUGUUUUUUGUGAUCCUAUGUUGACACGCCUUGUGUAUAUUAUUUCCUGCUUCCUUUGUUUUUCGAACCGGUUCGAACCACGGACUAUCAUCGCAUGCGUCGUGUGCCAGCCCACGAGUAUUUCCGUCGCGGUCUCCCGUGACGACAAUCAGGGUGCGCCAUCAAAACUGUGCUGUACCUUUCCCG